AUGCUGCGUAGUUUUCAGUGGAUUGUGCCUGCCUACACCAUGCCAUCGGAUGCUCAACAUGUGAUAGUGCUUCGGGAUGUCGUGAGGGAAGAUUUCUCAUGCACCCUAGCCGAGCGCCUAGGGGAUGAUAUCACAAAGGUCCUCCAUAAAUUGGAUACCCUCCCUGCCAAAAUAAGUGCCAAUAUGAUGUCCGGUCAUCAAAAAGUGAAAAAUGGCACCGUGGUGAAGAAAACAACACUUGAGACACAGAGAGAAAUAACUGAUGCUUGGAAGAAAUUUGUCAUGGAUAGGAAAACCAAAGUAAUUUGCUAGGACUUUGAUGGAAAGACUCUCUCUUUCUUUUAACUUCGUUAGUGUUCUAAUUCUAAACAGGAAUUGUGUUGCC